UUUUUUUGUUCGAUUUUCUUGAAUAAUUGCCAAAGCGAACUCGUUUACUUGGUAAACUGAAUUAAAUGACAUUUUAGAUCGUCAUCUGUUAGCACGUACGACAGUAGUUAUCAGACCAACAGCUGUAGCAUUUAAAGUGUUCAUGUCAAAACUUCGAAUUCAGAUUUUCAAAAUCCCUAUUGGGUUACCUGUGAAAGACGGUUAAUCUCCUCCAAACGCGCGCGCGCGAGGUUUUUUCGCGCGCGCUCUACGAUGUUCGUGCGCUUUCGCAAGCACGUUAGAAAAUUUGAAACGGCAGUCUGAAAAUAACAACACGUAAAAACAACUAGCUUAUUGAGUUUUGGAGACGAAAGGGUUAACAAAUCAAAUUUUGAAAAAUGAGUUGGGCAAAGGAUGAAUGGAAGCAGGAGUUGCCUCCGAAAGCACUUCAAAAAAUUUGUGAUAUGGAGAAAGAGUAUGAAAACCUUCAGAGACUACGACAACAACAAGACCUCAAGAUCGACGGUUAUGUUACAGCUCUGGAAAAAGGAAAGAUCGAUUUGGAAGAAGAAAGAUCUUCAAGCGCAGUCUUGCAAAAAGAGGUACAGGAGUUGACUAUAAAGGUGUCGAAUCUUGAAGCAAAAGAAGAAAGAUAUGCAAAUGAGAUUAAAAAUAAAGAGAAAGCAGUAGAAUACGGCGAGGAACUUUUGGAAAAAGCCAGACAUAAGUUAAAGGUGGAGAAUGAAAAGGUAAUGGAGCUGGAAAAAUCUCUAGAACAGGAAAGAUCAGAAGCUGAGAAAUAUGGUGAAAGAAGUGAAAAAAUGUCAGUGGAAGUCGGGAAGUUGAAGCAAGAAAAAGCUCAUAUUAGCAAAGAAAAUGAAAACUACAAGGAAAGGUUAGGUGCCCUUACCAAAGAACUACAAACACUACGCCAGAUAAUAAGCGAGAAUGAGCAGAAAGCAAUGAAAGUAGCACAAGAAAGUGAGAAAGAUAACGACGAGUCCUGUCACCAAGAACCUGUCGCUAUGGGCAGCCGUUCUGAUGCGCAUGCAUUUUUGGAUAUUCUGAAAAAGGAAAAUAGGACCUUGCUAAGAGACCUUGAACAACUCAAGCUACAACGAGAACAAAUGAAAAGUAUUAUCGAGGAAAAGACGAACGAGAUCGAGAGAAGUGCUACAAAAGUUGCUGAAAUGAGAAUUGAAGUGCAAGAUUUGAGGAGAGAGUUGAAGACCAGCAAAGGAAAAGUCAGCAAACUGGAAGGAACUGUUGAAAGUCGAGAUAGAGAAUUAGGCAAUCUUAAGGAGAAGGUGGCCAAAUACAAGGUAAACGAAGAACGAAUGAAAAAUGAAAUAAAGACAUUGACCUGGAAGAAUCAACUCGAAGCUCAAAACAAACACGAUGAAUUAGUUGAACAAAGUAAGCGCUUGGAGACAGCAGACGUUGAAAAAGGACGGCGGCCAAGUGAUAGUGAGAACCACGCCGAAGAAAGUAAGGUAGCAGCCAUGGAGGAUAAAAUUUGCCAGCUUUCCAAAGAAAAUGAAAGCUUACACGAACAACUUAGAUGUCUUAGGGAAAUCAACAGCGCGCUCGCUGAGAACGCUCAAGAGAAAGACAACAGACUGAAGUUGUAUUACAAUGAGAAACACGACGAAAUCAAGAAAGAAGAAGCUAGACUCGAAAGAGUUGAAAAUUUGCUCUUAGAAAAUGGAAGGCUGAAAGAAAGAGUACGAGAACUCGAAAAUGAAGAAAGAACGUCUUCAGCUAGCGUAAACGUGUGUGCCAGAUGUAAGCAAGAAAUGAUGCCAAAUGACGACAACUCAAGCCAAAAGAAUUCUGGUGCCGACAAAAAAGAGAGAACAUUAGGGAGCGAAGAUGGCGCUGACGAGAAAAUGGUGACUUGUAAAGAUGUGGUAUCAACGCCUGAGGAAGUUGAUGGUACAACUAAUGAAGCGAUGACUGACAAUAUGGAAGUUGACGAAGGCCUUCAGGUGAAUGGCAAAUCUUUGCAAACUGCUGCAGGUGUUGACAAGGAGCAAGUGACGUAUCUUGAGCAUCGCUAUCAAGGUCUUAAUAAGGAUGCAGAGGAUGAUGAUAUUGACGUUAUUUCCUGUGCUACCACAGAACACAACAGCAGUCUCCAACACAAAAUCCUACAAGUACUUUUAAGUCUUAGUACAAUACAGAUGGAGCAUGAGAUGGUUCUAAGAGGUGUCAACAAGUGUUAUAGUACUGUGAAAAGGAUCAAACAAGUCUUAAACAGCCAGGUCUCUGACACAGAAAACCAAGACAGCAUGUCUAAGCUAUAUUUCGAUGUUGAUUGCCUCUUCAGCCAAUUGAACUCUGCAAAGGCCAUUGGGCAGCGAUGUACAACAAGUGUCAAGUCUCAGAUAGAUUCUAUUGCUGGAUACCUGGAAAAAAUCAAAGAAAUAGAUAGAGACGUUCACGAUGACCUGAAAGGUAGUCGCUCGCCUGAACGUGAGCUAUCCUGGGAUAAUUUUGAAUCAGAGCGUGCCUUCCAGACGUUCAAAGAAGCCACUGUGGAUCCAUUGGUAAAACAAAUCGAGGACGAAGUGGAGGACACCUUAGCCAAAGAUUGCAUGAGCAAUCUGCAAGCUACAACCAGCAAACAGAAUGACUUGAGAAAGGGAUCCCAAACAAAUAAACAGAUGAACCCAAUUGACCGCCCUGAUUCGGCUGAGCCUGAAUGCAAGCCUCAUGUGACAGAAAAUGCACUAGAAUUCGAUGACUUUGUUGAUGUCUUUAGAAACCUAAUGGAAGAAAGUAAUGAUCUUUUGUCUGAACGGAUGGAAUCACUGCUUCAACAUUUUGAAACCAAUAUGUUGAAGAACAUCGCUGAAAUACAAAAGGAAAGACAAAACAAACAGAAGUUUCCAAAGUCUGCUGAAAACAGUAGCAGAGAAGAAGAUGACACUGCUGUAGUUAACCCAGGCAAGGAAGAGAAACACAUUUUUGAAGAACUGGAGCUGAUGAAGAAGAAGAUUUGUGGAGUCCAGAAAUUAGUCAAACACCUGAUGUCAUCCAUCGAAUUGACAAAACAAGAAAAAGAGGAGACACACUCUCACAUUGAUAUUUUAACAACCCAGAUGAGGAACAUGAGUUCGCAUCAUGACAUGCGCUAUACAGAACUAGAAAGAACCUUGAGGACUGCAUCAGAACGAGAAUUGACACUCCAACGUCAGAUCAACGACUUGCAGACAGCAAAGGAAGACAUGAGCUGUAAUUAUAAGGAAAGCUUAGACAAUCUGAGACAGAAGGAACAAGAACUCGCCAAACUCUUACAAGAAAUCAGAAACAUCCAAGCAAAGAGUAAAGAAAACGAACAGAAACUGAAGAAUAAAAUCGAGGUACUGCAAGGCGAGAAGACAUGUGUUUGGCAUGACUACAUGGAAGCAUCCAAGGAAGCUCGAGAAAGGAAGAAUGAGAUAGAAUCCUUGGUUGCCAAAAUGAAGAAAACUGAGGUGUCACUCAUGUCCUUGUUUAACACCAUUGGGAACAUUGAUGACUUUUUACAGCGUGCUAAGGAAAUGAACUUAUUUCAAUGAAUGAAUGCUUGCCUCCGGUCAUGUUGUUGUUUUUGUUCGUGUGCACCACCGCUGAUAGUACAUUUAUCAGCUACCUUUGGACUAUUGAUUGUAAGUAAGGCGGUGGUGCUUUAGUAAAUUAAUAUAACUUGUUUAUAUUUAGGCCAAUUUAUGCAUUUUUAGCUAGAGUCCUAGCCUGUAAGAACUACUUUUUGGGAUCGUUUAGCUGGUCAUAAGAAUUACUGUUAUAAGCAGCCAUUUUGCAUGUGGCAUUAAUUUGUAUAAUUUAAGUUCUGAGUCCAGGAUUGAAUUUUAAUAAAAACAUUG